GGGCUGAUCCCCAGCCCCGCGCACAGCGCGCACUGCAGCCUGUACCGCACGCGGACCCUGCAGGCGCUCAGCUCCGAGAAGAAGGCUCGCAAGGCUCGCUUCUACCGCAACGGGGACAGGUACUUCAAGGGCUUGGUGUAUGCCAUCUCCCCCGAUCGAUUCCGCUCCUUCGACGCGCUGCUGGUGGAGCUCACGCGGUCGCUGUCGGACAAUGUCAACCUGCCCCAAGGUGUGCGCACUAUCUACACCAUCGACGGCAGCAAGAAGCUCACCAGCCUGGAUGAGCUGCUGGAAGGUGAAAGCUACGUGUGUGCAUCCAACGAACCCUAUCGCAAAGUUGAUUACACCAAGAAUGUCAACCCCAACUGGUGUGUGAACAUAAGAACUGGGUCCAGUCGAUCCCUGACAUCUCUGUCGUCCACAAAGAGUGAAGUGAAGGAGAGUAAAGAUUUCAUUAAACCCAAAUUAGUGACUGUUAUAAGGAGUGGAGUGAAGCCCCGGAAAGCUGUGAGAAUUCUGCUGAACAAGAAGACUGCUCACUCCUUUGAGCAGGUCCUGAAUGACAUCACCGAAGCCAUUAAGUUAGAUUCGGGUGUAGUCAAGAGACUUUGUACCCUGGAUGGAAAGCAGGUUACAUGCUUGCAGGACUUCUUUGGAGAUGAUGAUGUCUUCAUUGCCUGUGGGCCUGAGAAGUAUCGCUAUGCUCAGGAUGACUUCGUGCUGGAUCACAGUG